AGUGAAUUACCUGGGGUGUGAAGCUGAAAGGAAACUAUCUGCAUAUCUCACACAGGAUUAAAAACGCCUUUAUUGGCGUCAAUCUGAACGUGACACACACUUUGCCAAGUGCAGCGCGCGCGCACACACUCGCCAUAAGCUCGCGCCGCUAACCUCAAUAACACACACACACACACAUACACUCUCUCUCUCUCUCUGCCAUAGGCUUACAUGACAACACUUUAUAUCUCCAUCUGUCGCCGAACGGGACCCGUAUUUCAGGUUUAUUGAACUUUAGCUCCCAGAUGAAGGCAAAGUAGGAGGGAUGCGCUGCUGUGCACGCGAGAGAAUGAAGCAGGAGUAACUCCGGGAUGGUUUGGAUGUAAAACACUGAAGGUUUGAUGAUCAUCUGCUGCUGACUCGUGUUGUGUUUUCAUGAGUUUGGAGCUCAUUUCUCCUCGCGCGAAUCCUUUACCGCACACGCUGGACUGUCGACGCGCAAACAUGCGUUUGUUGGUUGGAUUUGUUUUGUCAACUUUUUGUCUUUGGGAUUUAGCGUCGCUUUCUCGCGUUUACACCAAUCACUGGGCUGUUCGGAUACCCGGAGGAGCGGGACAAGCUGAUGAACUCGCCUCGAAAUAUGGCUUUACUAAUUUGGGUCAGAUCGGAGGCCUGGAGCAUCAUUACCAUUUCCAUCACAGAAGGGUAGUCCGCAGAUCUACUUUUGCCACCAGAGGCGCACACAGCUUCAUUCACAUGGACCCCAAGGUGGUCUGGGCACAGCAGCAGGUGGUGAAGACACGGGUGAAGCGCCACGCCAGAUCCGACUCCAACCACAUCAGCUUCAACGAUCCCAAAUGGUCCAACAUGUGGUACAUUGUUAGUAGAUAUUUCACACAUUCAGUCCUGUACGUCGUAUCUGUGCUGUCUCUGCUUAUUCAUUUGGAAAUAACUUGCGCAACGACUGACCUCAUUGUUUUUUUGGAUGAACUUUUCCUCCAAGGUGUUCGGAUGCUGGAUGGAGACGUGACUGAUGUGGUGGAGGCCAAGUCUCUGGGAAUCCGGCCAGAUUACGUGGACAUCUACAGUGCCAGCUGGGGCCCCGACGAUGACGGGAAGACGGUGGACGGGCCGGGGCCGCUCGCCAAGCAAGCCUUUGAGCUGGGAAGUAAAAAGGGCCGCAAGGGUCUGGGCUCCAUCUUUGUGUGGGCGUCGGGUAAUGGCGGCCGGCAGGGCGAUCACUGCUCCUGCGACGGAUACACUAACAGCAUCUACACCAUUUCCAUCAGCAGCAGCACCGAAAACGGCAACAAGCCGUGGUACCUGGAGGUCUGUUCCUCCACCCUCGCCACCACAUACAGCAGCGGAGAGUUCUACGACCGCAAGAUCGUGACCUCUGAUAACCUGGAGAGAUGUUCAGCAUCUGCUGGUCAAGACGUCCAGACAGGCUCAUCUGAAAGCCAAUGACUGGAAGACCAAUGCAGCCGGACACAAAGUCAGUCAUCUCUAUGGCUUUGGUUUGGUGGAUGCGGAGGCAAUGGUGGUGGAGGCCAAAAAGUGGAGAAACGUCCCUGCUCAGCACAUCUGCAGCAAAACCUCGGACCGCCGGACACGGUAUAUUCGAGCGGAACAGAAGCUGAACGCCAGCAUCUCCAGCAAUGGCUGCAGGGAUCAGUCGGAGCAGACGGUGGUGUUUCUGGAGCAUGUGGUGGUCCGAGUCCUGAUCGUUCACCCGCGUAGAGGAGACCUGGAGAUCAACCUGAUCUCACCGUCAGGGACGCGCUCACAACUGCUGGCUCAGAGGUUGUUUGAUAACUCAAACGAGGGCUUCAGGAACUGGGAGUUCAUGACGGUUCACUGCUGGGGUGAGAAAGCAGAGGGAACCUGGACGCUGGAGAUCUCAGACUCCCCGUCUCAGCUGCGCAACCCAGAGGUCCUGGGUAAGCUGAAGGAGUGGACGCUGAUCCUGCACGGCACGUCUGAAGACCCGCAGCAAUCCCAGAGUUCCCAGCAGUCUCGCUCCAGGACGCUAGACCUCCCGAUUGCAGGCCGAGAGAUGAAGAGCCCUGAAGCCCCAGAGCAUGAAGAGCAGGAGGAGGAGGAGUAUAACGGUCAGUGUCAUCCUGAGUGUGGAGAUCAGGGUUGUGACGGGCCGGACGCUGACCACUGUCUCAACUGUAUUCACUUCAGUCUGGGAAACCUCAAGACCGGCAGGACGUGUGUGAGUCACUGUCCGCUGGGCUUCUUUGAGGACUCUGAUGCGCGCAGGUGUCGCCGCUGCAGCCGCGGCUGUGAGAAGUGUGUCGGCCGCGGGACGAGCGACUGCAGGUCCUGCCGCAGAGGAUUUUACUUCAACUCCAAGGAGAACACAUGUGUGGAGAUCUGUCCCACCGGCAGCUUCCACGACGACAGUCAGAGGCGUUGUGUGAAGUGUCAUGAAAACUGUUUGAAAUGCCUGAGAGAUGCAGACAGAUGCACAGCCUGCAAGAAUGGCUUCAGUCUGGCAGGAAUGACAUGCGUUCCGGAAUGUGCCAAUGGAACUUUCUUUAACCUUGAGGAAAUGAAGUGCAGCCCCUGCCACAUCUCCUGCUCCACAUGCACAGGGCCGGGGCAGGAGGAGUGUAUUCAGUGUGCGCAGGGCUUCUUGCAGCAGGAGUGGAGAUGUGUUCGUUCCUGUGCUCCCGGAUACUACAGUGGAGAAGCUGCAGGAUUCACACAGAGGAUGUGCCGCAAGUGUGAGGAAAACUGUUUGAGCUGUCAGGGUCCCGGGACAAGCUGUACGCAGUGUAAAGACGGAUACAGCCUCGUGAGUCGCACGUGCAUCGUCAACGCCACCUGUAAUAAUGCAGAUGAAGUUUUCUGUGAGAUGGUCAAGUCCAACCGGUUAUGUGAGAAGAAGCUCUUUCGUCAGUUCUGCUGCCGGACGUGUCUGAUGACCGCCGGAUGACCACAGCACCGUCCACUGGACCGCCCGCUCCUCCUUCACCUGUAUGAUCUAAUGUACAUUUCCAACUAGUUAAACUGUGAUUAUUAAUGACAGAAGUAAUACUCCUCAUUUCCUGAAAAAAAGAAACCCUGUCCGGGGUGCUGUCUGAGUUAAACAAGAUAUAUUUUUAAGAUCGUCUGUUUUUUAAACAUGCAGUACGUGUAUAAAUUGCUUCUUUUUUAUUCAAAGACAUCGCUCUGAAUUAUUAUGUAACUGUAUAUGAGAGAAUGAUCAUGCGAUUUUCCCAGAGAGAUAGAGAGAGUGAUCACAUUGGUGGAUGACCGAUAAUGUUUAGGGUAAAGCUGCGAUGUU